AUGGUUGUUGUACAUGUUAUUGCACGAGACUGGGAAGGUGAUCAAAGUGAUAUACAUCGAGUACAAUUGCCUCCCGACCCAUGUGUCAGUGACCACACUAGCCGCCCUCACAGUGCCGUGAGUGACCAGUCUCCCGACCCAUGUGUCAGUGACCACCCUAGUCGCACUCACAGUGCCGUGAGUGACGAGUCUCCCGACCCAUGUGUCAGUGACCACACUAGCCGCACUCACAGUGCCGUGAGUGACGAGUCUCCCGACCCAUGUGUCAGUGACCACACUAGCCGCACUCACAGUGCCGUGAGUGACGAGUCUCCCGACCCAUGUGUCAGUGACCACACUAGCCGCACUCACCGUGCCGUGAGUGACCAGUCUCCCGCCCCAUGUGUCAGUGACCACACUAACCGCCCUCACCGUGCCGUGAGUGACGAGUCUCUCGACCCAUGUGUCAGUGACCACACUAGCCGCCCUCACCGUGCCGUGAGUGACGAGUCUCUCGACCCAUGUGUCAGUGACCACACUAGCCGCCCUCACAGUACCGUGAGUGACGAGUCUCUCGACCCAUGUGUCAGUGACCACACUAGCCGCCCUCACCGUGCCGUGAGUGACGAGUCUCCCGACCCAUGUGUCAGUGACCACACUAGCCGCCCUCACAGUACCGUGAGUGACGAGUCUCCCGACCCAUGUGUCAGUGACCACACUAGCCGCCCUCACAGUACCGUGAGUGACGAGUCUCCCGACCCAUGUGUCAGUGACCACACUAGCCGCCCUCACAGUACCGUGAGUGACGAGUCUCCCGACCCAUGUGUCAGUGACCACACUAGCCGCCCUCACAGUACCGCCCUAAGAAGGAAAAGUGAGGAACUUGGUAUAUUUUUAUUGAUGUGGGAUGGUUAUUGGAGGCCCGAGGAAGCAAAUAUGAAUCCCAUCUGGGAAGGUGAUCAAAGUGAUAUACAUCGAGUACAAUUGCCUCCCGACCCAUGUGUCAGUGACCACACUAGCCGCCCUCACAGUGCCGUGAGUGACCAGUCUCCCGACCCAUGUGUCAGUGACCACACUAGCCGCACUCACAGUGCCGUGAGUGACGAGUCUCCCGACCCAUGUGUCAGUGACCACACUAGCCGCACUCACAGUGCCGUGAGUGACGAGUCUCCCGCCCCAUGUGUCAGUGACCACACUAGCCGCCCUCACCGUGCCGUGAGUGACCAGUCUCCCGCCCCAUGUGUCAGUGACUACACUAGCCGCCCUCACCGUGCCGUGAGUGACCAGUCUCCCGACCCAUGUGUCAGUGACCACACUAGCCGCCCUCACCGUGCCGUGAGUGACGAGUCUCCCGACCCAUGUGUCAGUGACCACACUAGCCGCCCUCACAGUACCGUGAGUGACCAGUCUCCCGCCCCAUGUGUCAGUGACCACACUAGCCGCCCUCACCGUGCCGUGAGUGACGAGUCUCCCGACCCAUGUGUCAGUGACCACACUAGCCGCCCUCACAGUACCGUGAGUGACGAGUCUCCCGACCCAUGUGUCAGUGACCACACUAGCCGCCCUCACAGUACCGUGAGUGACGAGUCUCCCGACCCAUGUGUCAGUGACCACACUAGCCGCCCUCACAGUACCGUGAGUGACGAGUCUCCCGACCCAUGUGUCAGUGACCACACUAGCCGCCCUCACAGUACC